CCCGUUCACGGAAACAAUCGAUUAUGACGGAGAAAUUAUAUCAUGAAAGUUACGGUGCUUAUUAAGCUUUUUAAAACGUAUGUGAUGUCCAUCGGUCAUCAUAAACCUGACCUCCAGUUCUGACUCUCCCCACUUCCUCACCACCAUGAAUGAGCCUGCCAUUUUGGGUGGUUCUUAUCAGGGGUUGGCCGUACUGUCUGACAGUGUUGGUGGUUGGAAGCAGCAUAAUGUCAGUCAUCUGUCAGGACCAGAAGGAAACUACACUGAUUCACCAGGGAACCCAACAUUAAUGCUGCCAGCAGAGGAGUUCGACCCGUUAGGAGGACAUACUGUCUUACAGGUCCUUGUUAUCGUCUUCCUCACUGGAUCACUUUCUAUUGUCACGGUUGUUGGCAACAUCCUAGUGAUGGUGUCAUUCAAGAUCAAUAAGGCACUGAAGACAGUGAACAACUACUACCUGCUUAGCCUAGCAUUUGCUGACCUGACUAUCGGCACCCUGUCAAUGAACCUGUACACCACCUACAUCAUCAUGAACCAGUGGGCCCUGGGGCCGGUGGUCUGUGACUUGUGGCUCGCAAUAGACUAUGUGGCAAGUAACGCCUCAGUCAUGAACCUGCUUGUUAUCAGCUUUGACAGGUAUUUCUCUGUUACCAGACCUCUGACAUACCGGGCCAAGCGCACAACCAAGCGAGCCAUGACCAUGAUAGGAUUAGCCUGGUCCAUCUCUUUCAUUCUCUGGGCCCCAGCCAUCCUGUUCUGGCAGUAUAUCGUGGGUGAGCGAACCGUUACGCCCAAUCAUUGCUACAUCCAGUUCCUGUCUGAGCCAAUUAUCACAUUCUGCACUGCUAUUGCUGCUUUCUACUUGCCAGUAAGUAUUAUGACAUUCCUGUUUUGGAAGAUAUAUCAGGAGACAGAAAAACGUAAUAAAGAUAUGCAAAGUCUCAGGGGAGCUGGAGUUGGCAAAAGCUCAAGCCAGGCUCAGAAUCAAGGAAGUGGCAGUGGGAAAGUUGGUGGAGAAGGUGCGACUAACAGCCAGAGGGAUUCAUCAGCCAUGCAACGCCAAAUGAGCUGCAGCAGCGAUGAACUUAACCAGCCGGCUUCUGAGAAGAACAACAAGGAAAAUACCAGCAUGGCAGGAGGAACAGGAAGCAGAGGGAGGUGUGGCUCAUCGUGCUGCUUCCAGUUUUCAUCACUGUUGCCAGGUCGCCAUGCAUUCAAAAGGUCCGUCAACACCACGAUAACUACUGUGGGCGAAGCAGAGCAGAGCAGCAGUGAAAGCCUCAACAUUAAAGCCGGUGGCUCUGGGGACCAGUCCGGUUCAGACGACGAGGCUGAAGGUGGUAAGGAAUCUAGAAAGGGAAAGAACAACAAGGACAAACAGUCAUCGUCCAACAAAGGUCGGAAAGAGUCCCAAACCAACCCUGCCUCCCAAUCACCUGCAGCUAUCACCAUGAAGGAUGCGGCGAUGGCAAAACGCUUCGCCUCCAAGGCCAAGACAGAGAUCAACAAGCGCAAGAAUGAAAAAAAGGCAAAUGAAAAUAAAGCAGCUCGGACACUCAGUGCCAUCCUCGUGGUCUUCAUCACCACAUGGUUACCAUACAACAUCAUGGUGCUGGUCAGCACUUUCUGUACCAACUGUAUUCCAGAAACCCUUUGGUCACUGGGCUACUGGCUGUGUUACGUUAACAGCACAAUCAAUCCCAUCUGCUACGCCCUGUGUAACAAGACCUUCAGGACCACUUUCAGGGAUAUUCUGAUGUGCCAGUGGAACCAAAAGAAGAACCAGCCUACUUUUCAGCAGAGAAAAGCUUUGGCCUUAAAGAAGAAAGACCCAAUCUAAAAUAAUUGAGAGAUUUGUGUUUAAAGCAACCCACUCUCUUCAGUCUGCGUACAAAUGACACGACUUUACAUGUGCAAUAGAUACGCAGAAGUACGAUUUUGUGUGCAUAUGAUACGCUAACCAUUCCCAUUGCAACCCUGUCUCCUAAAAAUUACGUUCCCACAGAACUAAAUUGCAUUCUCAAUUACGUUUAGCUAGAAACGUAUUUUCUCCCACGUUACGU